CGGCCCUCGCCCCCCCGACCCGCACGGGGUCCAGCAGGACGCGGGAUCGGGUCUCGGCCGUGCGCCCCGGGGACGGGAUGCGCCGCAGCCCCGCGGGCGGCCAGUACAGAGCUUAGCGUCCAGCCGGAGCCAUGGACCUGCGCCCGCUGCCCCUUCUGGUGAUGCCGGGCUUCCUCGUGCCGCUGAUCGUCUGUGACUGCAAGCAAAUACUCCACAUCCCCGAGGGACUGGACUGGGAAGACAAAGAAGGCCCCGAGGCGCUGGUCCCAGUCCACUCCAAGUUCGUCCACCCUCUGCGUCUCUUCGUCCAACAGGCCCCCAGCCCCGCGCCUGGUCAGCUCCCCAUCGCCGCCGGCCCCGAUGGCUUCUGGACUUGGCUGUCCAAUGUGACCGAAGCCCGGGGGUCCAGGCCCCGGGCCAAACGCCGGCCCAUCGUCAAGACGGGGAAGUUCAGGAAGAUGUUUGGCUGGGGCGACUUCCACUCCAACAUCAAGACGGUCAAGCUGAACCUGCUGAUCACCGGCAAGAUCGUCGACCACGGCAACGGCACCUUCAGCGUCUACUUCCGCCACAACUCGACGGGCCUGGGGAACGUCUCCGUGAGCCUGGUGCCACCCUCCAAGGUGGUGGAGUUCCCGGCGGCCCCGCCGGUGGCUGCCCAGUCCACACUGGAGGCCAAGGGGUCCAAGGCCUUCAACUGCCGCGUGGAAUAUGAGAAAACGGACCGGGCCAAGAAGACGGCCCUCUGCCACCUGGACCCGGCCAAAGUCUGCUACCAGGAGCAGACACAGAGCCACGUGUCUUGGCUGUGCUCUAAGCCCUUCAAGGUCAUCUGCAUCUACAUCGCCUUCCACAGCGUCGACUACAAGCUGGUUCAGAAGGUCUGCCCCGACUACAAUUACCACAGCGAGACUCCAUACCUGUCUUCGGGGUGACCGGCCUGCCCGUCACGCCUUAAGGGUGGGGGGGCGGCCGCCUCUGGCUCCAACCGUGGACGCCACUGCCCCAUUCACCGUCGAGGCCCAAGGACCCAGGGGAGACUGGAAGCCCAUGGCCGUGGAGGUGCUAAGGGAAAUGGUUGAGAGCCAGCAAUUCCAGAUGCUUGGGGAGGACAACUCUGGUCAUCUGGUCUGGUCCAGUCCAUUCUGGUCAUCUGGUCUGGCCCAGUCCAGUUCAACCUGGGGGAGGGGGGAGGCUGCAAGAGCCAUUGGAUCCAUCCAUCAAUUAAUCAGUCAGCAGACCUUGUGCUCAGCUUGGAACCCAUGUCGUCCAGGGAUCUGGUAGGGUCACUCGGAGGUGAGGGUCUUGGCUCCCCUGGGGCUAAAACACCUGCCUGACGUUGGGGAAGGGCAGGAACUGGACAAAGCUGGAUGGGGGUGGUGGCGGGGAGAGGCCAGAAUGGACCAGUCAAGGUCGGUGAAGCAGCCACAGUCUGUACCCAACUUGUAGGCCCAAAAUUGGCCAAUAGGGAGUGUUUCCCCAAAGUCAAUGGAACUGCCAGUCCAAGCGGUGACCUCCCUGCCUCAUCAAUAUUCUAUUAUUGCUACUAUUAUUGUCACCGACAGGGUUUGAAGCCAAAUGCCCUAGUGGGCCAAGCAUUCUGGUGAGACCCACACUCUAGUCCCACCUCUGGCCGACUGGGUGAUCCUGAGCAAGUCACUUACCCUCUUUGAGCCUCAGUUUCCUCAUUUAAAUUGGGGAUAUGAUCCCUGCGUUCCCACCUUCUUAGGCUGUGCACCAUGUGCGUGACCAGGGCUGUGUCUGAUCUGAUAGUCUUGUAACUACCACAGCACCUAGUGCAGCGCCUGGCACAGAAUAAACAAUAAACACCGUCCUAAUGAAGCGUUCAGAAUGUGUGAGGCACUGUGCUAAGCGCUGGGAUGAAUGCCAAAACCCAAUUCAGUUCCGGUCCCAGUCCCAUACGGUCCGUGUUGGAAAGUAUUGACCCGUGGAACAAUGGGAACAGAACCCAAACAUCAGUGAAAACAAAUGAGAAUUCUUCUCAAAAGAUCAUCAGUAAACAGUACAAGCUGGGCAUGGUGCCGCCCCCUUCGGGUUCCAGGCCGCUCAGCCCACAGCCUCCCCUUGCCCCGUGUCCUUGGUGGGGGACAGGUGUCUUCCAUGGGGCUGGAUGGUGGAAGAAUGAAAAUGGAUGCAAACCUUUCUGGGAGCAAGGAGAGGGACUGAGGGAGGCGUGCACACUGCUGCAACAGGCUGCUCUUCUCCUCAGCUGAGAGUCGCCGUGUGCCCAUGGCCAACUCGCCUGCUCGGAAACCAGCCCGGAGCCUAACCCCGGUGAGCUUGCAGAUGGCUUCGCAUCCAUCUUUUGCAAACUUGAGGGUGUGAAACAAACACCGGAACAGCUGGAUGGGUCAGCGGAGAGGGGCGAGCUAGGGGCAGCCCCCAGGGUACGGGCUCACCUCAGCUUGCCCUUGCUACUGCCAGGGCCCAAGCCAGGAGAUGCCGGUCCGCGGCCGUGAGGGCUUUCGCUUGGGGAGGGGAUUGGGGGAGAACCGCUCCCAGGCACACACACUCCCACACACGGACAGCUCCGCUCCGACCCCAUAUUCUCUGUUAUUACCGGGACUUGCUGCCCCAGACCACGUUCUACUCUGUGUUUCGUAGAAAUCGUUCUCGAGUUAGUGGUAGGGAAGGGCAGGCUGGCACGCCUGCUCUCUUCCGGUUUCACGUCGAGUGUUUUGGUGACUGUGUUGUAACUAGCCCCCGACCUGCGUCCUUACCUCCUUCUAGAGCCUAGGCCAACAUCCGGGUCUCCUGGCGAUGUGCGGAAGCCAUCAAUGUACAUACCCCUGGCAGUCUGUGUACACACUUCAGGAGGGCUGUGCACGUACCUUUGUAAAUAAAGAGUCUUUGCUAAUCUG